AUGUUGUUCCCAUUUGUUUGGCUCAUAGUUGGGCUACUUGUUCAUGUUUCCAUCGCUGAAGAAACCAGCACGGUCACGACUUCUGCCGCAGCGCCUGCUGGCUCAGAUGACAUUAUGAACAUCUGGGAUCUGGACAAGAGCUGUGACGAUGAAGCUGAAAGCAUGAAAGCCGCUAUGGAAGACUCUUUGGCAAUGGUGACUGCAGCUCUUGAAGCCCUCGAGUUUCUGCGCGACGAGAAACUUGAUCCAAGGAAGGAUCGUGAGCGGUUUUUACUAUUGAAAGACAAGCACACGUCACAGUGGAAGACUUGCCAGAUUAUGCUCGGUUUUGUUCCAGAAAGGAAAUCAACUCACCUUUCACAAGCCAUUGACUUCUUCAAAAAGAUGAAGACUAAAAUGCUAGCUACAAACGAAUUUGAGCAUGGAUUCGUCGGCCGAUUUAAGAUGAACGGAAUCAAGCCCAAACUCAUGUGUGGCGACGAGAAGGGAGCCGAUAAAUGGACUUGGAAGCCUAUCACUGACCUUCAACAACACCAUGAAUUCCGAAGAUAUAUGUUCAAGGCUGGGGCUUGGGUCUAUGACCAUCGAUACUUCUUUCAAGACUUCCAGUCACCAGGACCAUUGAUAUGUGGACAAGAGAAACAUGCUGAAGCCUUUUUGGAUCGCGAUUUGAUCGUCUUUUGUGACAAGGUUUUUGACGAUGACUAUAAAUCUCGAAAAUGGCCAAGGGACUUGAAAAAAACAGGGAUCACUGAGUAUCAAUCACUCAAUACUCACCGUGAUACUCUCCCCGUCACCAUGUUUCACGAGUUGACCCAUUGGUUUGGUGGUUGGGCUGAGAUAAGAGACCCAAACGAAAGAGCACAUGCAGAUAUUCUGGAUCAAUCUGCCUUGACCGAAGACGGUGACACGAUUUGGCGUAAAGGCAAUCGCGUCAAAACGUAUGCCGUAGCACCAGAUUGGACUGAAGCCUACAAUAACGGUCUGGAACGUGAUGUCGCAUAUGGUCUUAGCCAUGUGAUAAACUUGGCGAUGUGUCAGGACAAGAUCAAUAUGAAUUACUGUGGCCCUAAAUGGGCUCUUAAGAAUGCCGAUUCUUUAACCUUUUUUGCACUUGCCAUGUAUCUAGAUAACUGGGACUGGUCUUACCAAGGUCGGGCGAGGAUUCUGGGCAAGGAUUAUAAGAAGCGAGACAGAAGCCGUUCGCCGAAGUAG